CCUUCAGCAUCCACAGCCCCCUGACAAGCCUCACUGGGGCUGUUCCUCAGGCGGUUGUGCUUAAAGAAUUGUGAGAAACACAAUAAUUUAUAAUCAUCAUCUGUAUCGAUUUUAUCUGUAAAUAGACACUGACAGAUAAUGAAUAGCAAACAGCACUCCAAGUGUAAUUCUGCUUCUGCUGAGAUCAGGGAAGGUUUCCCACUGACUUUUCCAAGGCCAGGAUUUCACCUCUGGUUUUCAUUCCUGGCAUCGCCACUGCCUCUGUGACCUUCUGCAAGUUUCUGAGCUUCCUGCUUGCCUGAUUUCCCUACAUUUAAAGAUACACUGGCUUAGCGGCAUUGUUACAGUUUAUAUUCUUAGAGCUGUAAAUACCAAGCACUAUGGAUUUCUAGCGCAUAUCAAUGUUUAUUCCUGCGUAUGUUUUAACGUGAUGGAGAAGGGGUUGGUGGCAGCCACAGCAGAACAAAUUAUCGACCUGUUCCCUCAAACGUCAUGCCCUCCAACUCCCAGCUAAUUUGCCAUUUAUGAGGAAUAAUAAUAACACAGAUAAGGGCCAGACCAUGGUGUGACGGUGUGUGUAGAGAGGUACGUGGAUAUGCAAUACUGUGUCUCCCUUUCAGAUGCAUCAUUGGGAUUGAGGGUUUUUCUUGGGUCAAAGUUUUGGGGUUCUGAUUUACAUUGAAUAGCAGACUUAAGCAGAGUUUUGUCCUGGAAGCAAAUUCUCAAUCAACCUGCCUGUGCAAAGGAAAUCAGCUCUUUGUAGACUUGCAAUUGAAUUGGUCAUUGUAGCUGCUCCAAGAGGCUCCUUCAGUCAUUUUGGUUUGUGAAAUAAGAAUUUUAUAAAUUUGAUGAAGUUGUAAAUCUCACUGGGGUUUUCCACCAGCACUUUGAAAGAAGCAGCUGAGAUCAGGGCUCCCAAUAUGCUUGUGUCAAAAGUCAUGGAUGCAUAGUGAAAGGACAAGGAGUGUGGAAAAAAAUGUGGUUUAGAGGCAGCAGCACAGGAAGGCUCAGCAGUUGAGACCAUGCCCACGGUCACUCCAUGUGGGGAAUUGGAGGGGACUGAGCCCAGUUCCACCUCAUCAGUUCUGUCUUCAAAAUCUUGGAGGAUCAGCAAGGGAACCUUGUUCCUGAAAACUCUUGGUGGUGAAGCAAAGACCCAUGGAUGUCCAGUCUCCAAAACUGGAGAGAACGGUUUAGCCAGAGCUCUGCAGGGAGCAGGGGCCAGCUCCAGCUGUAGGUGUCACCUCUGAAUAGGGGCAAACCACACUGCUCAGCUGACUGCUGUCUCUUUUGCUGCUGUGUGUGCACAUGUACAACUCUCAGAAGCACAGGGCACAGAGCAUCCUUCAAGCUAAAGAGGACUACUAUCACUUACUCUUGGCUUUUAUUAUGAAUAACAUUUUUUUCCAGGCUUGUAACCUCAAUUGUAACUCUUCAAAAUCACUGAGUACACGGUUACUGUGAGAGCCUCCACCACCAGUUGUCUUGGUGUCUUAGAACCAGUCUGGACAGGAGAAGUAACAGCUACAGCAGCAAGGGAGGGAUCAGAGUGGGGGCACCCAACCAAGUCCCUAUUUGCUGCACUACAACCAUCCUUUUGGGAGCCACACUCACCCAACUGGGACAGGAGCAGCUGGUGGGAAGGACAGCACCGGUCACCAUGCUUUGGCUCUCGUGUCUGUGGCACAGGGUGAAAGUCCCUGCCAUGGUUCACUGCACAGACUUUUGGUCAUCACCACUGUGGGUGUUCUGAAACCCUCGGCACAGGGAGUUUUGGUGUUACCAGCUGGGAGCUGUGGUGACCCUGUACGUGUUAAAUCAGCCAGCAGCUGCAGCUAAUCCUUAUUAACUCCCAACACUGCCCAAGGAUCAAACUGUGUGAAAUGACAGAAGGCACACAUCAAACCAAAGGCUCAGGAUGCUGCUGCCAUCCCACUUGCCUUCAGGAGCAAUGAAGGGAGGAUACCAGCUGUUGAGAGUUUGGUUCUGAACCCCUUUGGGUAACAGGUGGACACCACCUUGGUGACAAACGCUCAUCUAACAGCCCUCCAGUGAAGUCAGAGACACUCCAAUACUGAUGCUCCCAAAGCCUCAGGAUGAGAUUGCAUCUUCCUUAACAGCUCUGGCUCUUGCAUUGCCCGUGAGGCAAUGCUGUGUGACCUGCAGAGGGGACAACAUGGCCCUUCCAUGGGGCUGCAAAUGGUGAACAGCAGCAGCCUUGAGUCCCUGGAACCCCUGGAGAAUUCUUCCCAUCAGUGCUCUUGGGCAACAGCACGGCUGUUUCCAGCAUUGUCCUCAUUUCCAAUGAAGACAGCUCCUGCCCUACUUGCCUCUGUGUACCACUCCUGCCUCCCUCCAUGCCCUUAGUACUGGUGAGAGGUUCAUGGCUAAACAGAACAUGGUGCUCACUCCUUCAUGUGGGACUUCAGAUGUUCCUGCCACAAGCUGAGAGCUUGUAAAAGUUGGACAGGUAAAGCUGAUUCAAACCCACUACGGAUUUCCUGUUUCAGUUCUGGUGACAGGCUCCUUUUUCCGCAUACACAGGAAAAUUAUGAAGGCUCUUUGCUUCCAAAUCAGAGACAAGAAACAGAUCUCAAUUCCAGAUUUUUUUUUUUCUUUGACUUUCUUUGAGGCUUGAAAUCUAUCAACUAUUUUUAAAGGAAAACAUUUUCAUUGGUUCAAAAAAAGAGCCAUUUUCUACUUAAGGGGAGAAGGGAAAGUUCAAAAGAAAAUUUGCAGCCAUUUCUACUAAAGACAUUUCACUAGACAGAACAGAGUACUUGAAAAUAGCAGUACGUGUCCCCUGGGCUUUGGCCAACCUACUUUCUGAUGUUUCCUGAGAUGAGGUACCACAACUCCUAUCAAGAAGUUCAGCCCACCACAGCCAGGGCUGGCAGGAAGAUGUACCUGUGGUGUGGUUUGCAUUUCUGGUCUCUGGUAGACACCAGGUAACUCCCAGAACUCUUGCACUGGCACCAGGACAUAUGGCCCUCCAAAGAGGAUGGCCUGGCCAGCCCCAGCCCUCUGGUACAGCUGGAUUUUACACCUUCCAUAAGUACAACUACAGGACAAUGCACUUGGGAUCAUUUCCUUAUCAGCAAGCUGGGUGCUCAGCUGUUCCCAACCAGCCUGCCCCCCCGUGGAGACGUUGUCACAAAUCUGCAGAGCCCUGGGCAGGAACAAAGCUUUGACCUUGGGGCACUGCCAAGACCACUUACUGUGGCAUUGAUUUUAAACACAUUCUGGUUGCAGGAAUUGCAAAAUGCCCUAUGUGAUCAUUCCAGGGGGGCUGGAACAGUGAGCCACAGUGCUUCUUUGGUUCUGCAGUUUCUGUAGAGAGAAAACUCAAGUCAGAUGUGGGAAGCAGCUACUGAGGGACAGGUUUGUGGCACAGCAUCUCCCCACAAAAUCAUUUAGAUUGGAAAGACCUCUCAGGUCAUUGAGUCCAGCCACUCACCCAGCACUGCCAGGUUACCUUGAUUUGCUGCAGCUGACCUCCUUCUGAGCUGUGUGUAGGGAGCAAGGACAGAUUCCUGGGAUAAAGGGCUCUUUCAGGGGUUAUUUUUAUCUCUCUGUGCAGCAGCACAGGUGGGCAGCUUUUGCAGCUGCCUUGCCGAGGCCAUUGAUGAUGUGGGCAUGGACCUCUAGCCCAGCUCGGCUGCCAGGCAAAGUACCAGGGAAGAUGUUCCUCCUCCUGGAAGACAACAUGACUCUCCUAACCAUGCAGUGCUGAUUGGGUUAGAUAGGGCAUAUUGUAUUUUUCAUGUGCUGGAUCGCUUGCUGCAGUUGCUGCUGUGUAAUGUGGGGCUUGUCAAGUGAGAGCCAAAAUCGUCUCUGGUGCACCUCCCACCUGGGGACAACGGGGAGAAAUCCUGUCCCAGAUGCAUCCUACUUAGUGAUAAAAUAUUUCCUAGGGCCAGAUUCAGAACAGACAUGCAUGCUAUGAUGCCAGGGUUCAUGCAGCAAGAUUUUCUGCCUGUGCAGUCUCAGAGCAGGCAGGACAGCAGUCGGCCUCAGAGGCACUGGAAGGUGAGAGGGCUGAGGCCAUUCCCUGGGGAUCAGCUGAGCAGGGCUGCUUUGCCCACAGCCACAGUACCCAUGGAGAGGGUCGAGGAGAGAAGGCACCACCCUUCACCACAGGCUCUGCCCCUCACAACGGGCUGGGGCUUGCAAGCCCAGCACACUGCUGCACGUUUGAUCACCAGCCAUCUCCACUCCCUGCAGGCCUGGACCGUGAAUUUGGUUGCGAUGGAGACCGUGUCCCUGGAGCACCAGAUCCAGAGCGUGCAGCGACACAUCGCUUUCCUGAAGAAGGAGCAGAUGGAGCUGCUCCAUGACCUGCACCUGGAGAUCCUCCGGUUGCAGAAGCACUGCUCAGAGCUCACCCACGACCUGGAAAUGAAAGAGAUGGAGGCCCGCCAGCAAGAUGUCCUGGACCGCGAGCUGGAGGAGAAGUGCCGGGCGAUGGAGGCCCAGCUGCAGGAGAAGGAGAAGGACAACCUGGAGCUGCGCAAGGAGCUGCAGCACAAGGAGACGCUGGUGGCUGCGCUGCGCUCCAGCCUCCGCAGCAAGGAGCGCCGGUUCCUGGAGGAGCUGAAGCGCAGGAGCCACCGCGUCACCAUCCUCGACACCGAGCUGCAGAAGCAGACGGAGGCGGCCGCCUACCUCUCGCUGCAGCUGCACGCCACGGCCCAGCGGCUGCCGGGCCCCCGGGCAGGCGGGCGGCCGCCCCCCGAGCAGCCCCCGGCCGAGGCCCGGCCCCGGCGCCGCGGCCACAGAGCGCCCGCCCGGCGCCCGCCCGGAGACGGCGCCCGGUGCAGGGACCCCGCGCAGGAGGAGCACGAUGCCAUGCCCGACCCAGCGCUGUUCCUGUACACACCGCGGCCGCACGGCCCGCAGCGCCCGCCGCCAGAGUCCCCCGGCCCGGCCCGCGCCACGGCCGGCGCCGCCGCGGCCUCCCGGGGCCAGCGGGGCCCCCGGCAGCCCCCGCAGGAGCCGGCGGCCAGGGCCAGGUCGGCCAAGGGCGAGCCCAGCAAGAGGCAGGGGUCCGGUGCCCACGGUGCCCCCCGGGCCCAGGAGUAGGCGGCGAGGGGACGGCGUGGGCCGACCGGCCGGAAAGGCCUGAGCCCGGUGGCAGCGGGCGGGCGCCGGCCGACUCUUUCCCCCGUGCCCUAUGGAGGGGAAGGGGCAGCCGAAAGCGGAGCCCUGCACGCACCUCCCACCCACCGGCAGCCAGGGAGGAUUCCUCUGCCCGAAAUAGCUGGGCCGGGGACGUUAUCGACAAUGCUGCGGGACAGGGGAGCAUCCAGCGCCCGCGCUGUGACGGGGACAUGUCUGAGCGCCUGUCCGGAGCUUGCAAGGAAAGAAAGAGAGAUAGAUCUCAUUUUGAAGUGAGAUCUUCCUCCUGCUGCUGCCCUCAGAGUGGGCGCCGGGUUGCUUUCCCUGGCCCGGGUGCUGGGAGGUGGCAUGCAGCAGCACCAGGCUGUGCCACACAAGACUUGGCACCGUGGGAUGAGCUCAGCCUGGCCUCCAACCCGGACCAUCACCGGCACCAGGCACUGGAGAGGGCCCAGGACAUCACCAGGAAGGUUCUCCAGAAUGCAGGCAGCUGAACGAGGUCGAUCCUGUGGGUGACGGAGGGACCCCCUUCCACAAGAACAGUGCUGCUGUGCUGGCCAGGCCCUAUCCCACACUCCCCUGUGCAGCAGUUUGGCUGUCUCCAACGUGGAUUUCUUCCUCAUCACGUUUGCAUGCAGGACUUGGACAAGUCAGCUGGACAAGAGCCGAGAUUGGCAGUCCUGCUGGACGCCCCCUGGCUCCUCUGCCGCUGCAGCCGGGCUCCGUGUGCUGCUGGAGCAGGGCUGCAUCCUGUGCCCCCUGCACAGGGCUCUCCUUGGCACCAGCAUUUUGGUUCUCAGUCAGAUCCACAGUCAGGCCUGGGUUUGCUGCUGAGGGCUGAGCAGCCCCCAGUCCUCCCCCAUUGCCUCCCAUCCUUGCCAGCACAGCGGCCAUACAGAGCUGCCUUGCCCCAUUUCCAACCAAACUGUCAGCUUUACAAUCCCCUCCCUGGGUGUUGUGAAACACCAUUAGGAGGGGAAGGCUCUGGCGGCCAGGCAGGGCAAAGGUCUUUCUGCUCUGGUGCUGCCGGACCUGUGCUGCUCAGGGCAAGCCAAAGGGCAGGUUUCACCCUGGCAUGUGGGCUGCCAGCCUGGCUGGCCCAGCGGGGACUCAGCCCCUGCCUGCAGCCAGCGCCUGCCCGGCUGGUGGGCAGCAGCCUCCCGCAGGACCCUCACUGCCUCCGCGGCUGGCGUGGGCAGGAGGGAGCUGCAGGGUGAGGUCAGACCUGAUUUUCUUCCAAUUCAGUUUGAAACCUCUUGAAAGACAUCACCCUCAUAGACUAGGGAGACUUGGCUAGCUCGUACCCACCCUCAAUGUGCCCGUGCAGUCAGAGCUGUCUAUUUUUGUAGUUCAAUAUUUAUAUACUGUAUUAAAAUGCUUUAUGAGAUUCACAGCAGCAGUUGCCAAGCCAGCUCUUUGGUAAAAGAGCCCCAAAGCAUAUGAGCUGCACUAGUGGGGCAGAAAUUAGCUGCUUUUUGUACCUUUCCUUUGGCUGUUAUGUUACUCGUCAGGCUUUAGAGGGCAAGACCCCUCUUGCUCUCCCAGGGCACCCCUGCGGGUUGGGACUCCCCAGCUGCUCCCGUGGUCCCUAACACACCCCUGGGUUUGGGAAAGAGCCCAGCAAAGCCACGGUGGGCAGGGUCCCCCUCACAGUGCUGCUGCAGCAGCCUGGCUUGAAGCCAAGCCAAGGUGUGCAGCUCCUGUGGCACAAAAGCUCUAGUGGGAAAUUUUUGCAGUCCCUGAGGUAUCUGGAGCUGCUGCCUCAGAAGUGCAGGGCCCCCUUGAGCCCCCAGCUGUCCUCACAGACUGUGGCAGCCGUGGGAGGCUGCAGGGAGCCCCAACAGGGUGCUCACAGCUGUGGCUGCAGAGCUCCACAUGCCCAGCUUGUCUGUGGAGGUUCGGCAGGUGCAGGGCAGCACAGGGGGCUCUGGUAAUGCCUGGCUGGGCUCUGACCACUGGGAACAGUGCAUGAGGGAGAAAAGUCCUGAGCUCCCCAGCAGAAUGCUUCCUGCCUGUUUCCCUCGGCACAGUGAUCCAGUCAGGCUCUGCCAAGCCCCAGCUCCAGGGGGAGCUGGGUGUGCUGGGCCCUGCUGUCACCCACCCACGGGGGCAGCAAUGGGAGGUUUGUCCAGUGUUGUCCACGAGCAGCCCCAGGGCUCCAGCAUCACAGUUCCAGGAGUGUCAUGCCCUGGAGGUGCAACCGACCUCUGGAAAUCGCUGUUUCUCUCAGGUUCUGAGAGGUUCUGCUUGCGGAUUUGUCUCUGCUCUGUUAGGAUGAAAGAGGCAAUGCCUGUCCCUGUGUGCUUGGCUGUUGCUGCAGCUGUGGUGUGCACAGCUGUUUCCCAUCCUUCCCAGACAAUCCUGAUAGACACGGUAUGUUGCAUUUUUAUUACAAACUCCUUCAUGAGAUCAUGGUGUUUAUGACUGACCUGAGCAUUGAAAAGUGGAGGGAGAAGUAUGAUCCUUCUCCUAUGUAAAUACCUUCCUAGCAAUCAUCAUCCGUAGUGCCUAGUAUGUAAAUGAAGCAACUCUGUCUGAGCUUCAGGGCCCUUUCCUCUCCACCAGUAAUUAGCAGCUUGCUCAAUGAGUUGAUCUCAUUCCCAGUCCCCCAUGCCUGUCCCACCCCAGGUGCUCCUGGUGCAGGCAGGCAGCCGGGCAGGUCUGGAGCCCCGGGCUGAGCAGGCAGAGCCUCUUGCAGCCAAGGGGGUUCCCAGAGGGAUGGAGAGUGAGCACCCCAGUUCCCCCCUUCAUGCCAAUGUAAUGUGCUUGGAAAUGAGUCGUCAGGGUGAGCCCUGCACUUUUCCUUGGGCACAUUUGCCUUGGAGCAGGAAGGAUCAGCUCCUGCGUGCUGUACCUGCUUCAGUCACUGCUGCUUUUCUGGGGGGGGAGGGAAGCUCUAGAGAUACUAUAUAUACAAUUACAUAUAUAUAUAUAUAUAUAUAUACACACACAUACAUGCACUUGUUUUGAAGGGAAAACACUGUAUGAUUGUAAUAGAAAUAAUGUUGAGAUAAACUAUUUUAAUCUUUGUAUUUAUAUAAAAUGAUCAAAGAGAUCAAAAUGAUAAAAAAAAUCAAAAAGACAGUAUUCCUAUUUUUUACUGAGAGAGCUGCUGGAGCCUCUGGGAGCCUGAGAGCCACUGGGGCCCAGGCAGGGCCUGCCCUCCCCUCCUGGAGUGGGAAGCUGUCAUAGGCUCCCCUCUUGCACUGUAAGCUAGCCCUUAGCCCGAAAGGUGUAACAGGGAUCUGUGGGUGCGUUUAGUCCGUGCUCUGCGCUCCUCGGGAAUCCAAAGGGCACACACAGCUCCUACCUGACAGCACAGACAGGAGUGCAACCGCCAGCACCAACGUGCUCAGGAUGGAACAGGCAGUGUUUGAUGUUGACUUGUAAAGCUUAAUGAUUAGACUGGAAAUGGAAGCAUAGCAAUAACGUUCGGUUGUUAAACAACGUCUUGUGUGUGUAAACCACCACGUGCUGAGAGUCUGUCUACAGACUAACAGCCGGGCUCCUCUCCUCUGCACCUCCUUUCACUCUGUAGCUCUGCAGAGGCUUAUGGAUGUCAUGUGUUUGGUUUGCUAAUAUCUCUUUUCCUAUUAUUAUUAUUAUUAUUUUUUUUCCUAAUGCUAUCUAAGAAAGUGAUGUCUCAAAUGCACCUUGCAGCAGGUGUGAGGUGAGAAGUGGAUGGAGGGAAGAUGCACCCACUGCACUCACUGUGGCAGAGACAGUCCUGGCAAUGGGGCGUUUUCCUUCUUGACCCCGUUAACUAAAAAGCCAUAUUUUCUGAAUGUGUUUGCUGGGGCUAAUUUAAGCGCUCCCAGCCAUGUCCUUCCCAUCCCCACUAGGUUCCCAACCUUCCCACUGCUGCAUGGCUUUGUGCUGAGACAGUCUGAACAGGGGCCAGGCCCUGCUGCUUCCCAGGGGGAAGCUUUCUGUGAAUUGCAAGCAAAGGCAGGUUCAUGGCUCAGCUGAUGGGUGCUCUGGAGGGACUGAGGGUGGCUCUUUCCUGGCUGCGCAGGAGAGGUAGCAGUGACACAGCUAGAAACUUCAUCCAGCCUGAAGCAGCUGGAGCCAGCAGUGUGAAGGGAUUGCUCUGCUUUUCCCAAGUUCUCCCCAAGCUCUCCACACUAGGAAGGUAAAUCAGCAGCACAAGGGACUUAAAUUUUUGGGGGUUAGGUGAACUAGCUCCUGCUGCCCCAAGGAAGCCACACCAUCCUUCCUUUUUCCUAGAACACCAGCCCUCACGUCCCAGCAGCCCUGAUGAGCCAGUCUAGCUGUGGUGACUCCUUGGUGCACACCCGUUCUUGUCACCCUCUUGCACUGUCAGCACCUGGCUGCCAAGUCCUACAGGGAGUGCAACAGGAUGGGAGAGAACUCCCUUACGCCUCUGGGUUGCCUCAUGCAGGCAUCCAAGAUCUGUAGAUAAGAUCAGCAGUGCUGGAGUGCUGGGCUGGGUGAGCAGGAGGAGCUCAGGAUCGAUGAGCACAGCAGCUGUGGAGGAGCCAGCAGACACCACGGCCUGUUAAAGCACAAGGAUCAAAGCACUGUGUCCCCUCACCGUCAGAGCUGCCCUUUGCUCCCCAGGGAUCCGUUUCUGCUUCUGUGUCCUCCUUGCCAGCUCUGGCCCUGCAGGGACACUGCUGUCCCAGCCCCAUGAAGGGAUGGUGCCUCUGGGCAGGACAUGGAGGGUGACACUUGGAACUGCCACCACAUCUGAUUCCUUCAUCUCACCCUCCCUCUCCUCACACCUUCAGGCAGGAAUUCAGGGGAGUGAAGCUGCUGGUGUGUGAGAGGUGCACCCAACCCACACCCAGACGGUGCCUCGUCCUCCCUGGCCAGGGUGUGGUUAUGCCUGCUGGCUCUUCCCAAUAGAUUUUAGUCAUCUUGCAGCUUCCAAGAAAGCUCCCCUUUCCUGUUGUUGCAAUUAUCACAGAAAUUAGACUAUCAGGCCCUGGGAAUGCCCCAAAUCUUUGCAUGUCUGAAGCAGCAGACCCUUUCUGCCCAGGGGCUGUGGGUACAGCACUGAGCUGCAGCCCCCUGAGCCCUGCAGGGACGAGCACUGUCUAUAUGUUUCAAAGUCACUGUCACCCACUGGGGUGGGGACAUCACCUCUGCCUGGCCAGAGCCGUGCUGAGACCCCUGGGAGGGCUCUGGCAGAGGGAUGGGGGAGCAGCACUUCUGGUCUCAGCUUCCCUGGUCCCAGAGCAGCUGUGGUUUUGUUGGAGGAAAAAUAUUGUCCUUGGCUGACUUGACAAAGCUCAGUGAGAACAAUAAACGCCUGUGCCUCGUGCUGGGGAGUGCCGCCGCAGAGGGACAGAUGCCAAAGGUUUGACACUGCUCUGCUUUAUUUGAAUGUUCAUUUUGCUACAUGUCACCAUUAUUUGCCAGGAUGAUAUUCAUGUUGACUUUGCUUUUUAACCAAGUGCUUUUCAAAAUGUGUUAACACCCAAGAGACUAGAGUAUGGAGCUAUACUUUAGAAGCUGUUGUAAUAUGCCUUUUUCUUAAUAAAGAGACUGAAAUCUGCAGAGGGUGGUACUGUCCUACCCCAGAAUGCAGGACCUCUAGCCACAAACCAGAAGCAUCUCUGUCUCCAUCCCAGGACUGGCUCCUACCUCACUCCCCCAGAACUCUUCCAGAGCUCUGGGGAGUCCUCAGAGUGACACCCCAAUUCUUACAGGGGCCCGCAGGUAGAUAGAUGGAGGGAUCAUUAUCAGGAUCUGGAGUGUGGGGGCAAGGGGGAAUGGCUUCCCGCUGCCAGAGGCCAGGGUUAGAUGGGAUAUUGGGAAGAUUCUUCCUUGUGAGGGUGGGGAGGGCCUGGCACAGGUUGCCCAGAGAAGCUGUGGCUGCCCCAUUCUUGGAACCAUUCAAGGCUAGAUUGGACAGUGACACAGAGAAACAGGAAAUAAAUUCUUCAAUCAAUUUAUUCACUUAGAAAGUUGACAUUAUUCAGCACUGGGUACAUGGGGGAUUGUUCCACCUACCAUGUAUAUGGCAAUUAUCAAAACUUUUAACAAUUUAUACAUUUUAACAAACAAAGGAAUUAGUGUUCAUUGGCUACAUGUUCCCUUAUUAAUUAGUAUUCUGUAUUGGUUAAUGGUUCUCCACUUCCCAUGCUGAUUAGUUGUUCUCUUCUUUUGGGUCAGUUGAUUUAUAGCAUCAGUGGUCUGUGGGUUGAUGGCCAUGGACACCCCACCCCUCACUGGCCAGAAUUACGUUUUACCCAUUUGGAGCUGAUUUCAACACAAUGACUGUGUUAGUUUUAUUAGUUAUUCCUUAUCUUGGGAGUCAUGCUAAAUGUCCUUGUGGCCCAUAAAUUCUGCACUCUUUGUGCCCAUUAUUAGUGGUAUUCCUCCCAAGCUAUGUUAACCUCUUCCCCCAGGUCUUAGAUCACUGAAUCAUGUCAAGCCCUAAACUGUUUUUCUAACACAUGGACAUCACUUACAGCUUGCUUCUUAGCUGCUAUCUGUUUAAUGGAUUAAAUAUCCCUUCUUUUUGAUUAGGCUUCAAAGUUACAAAGAUCAAACAUUAAAGAACAUCCUUUCUUAA